CCGGGAGUCGGUGGCGAUGGCGUCAUCACCGAGCGCCGGGCCGACGGCAUCGCGGAGGUCGGCUAUGUGACCAGGAAACAUGCUGAGCCGGCUUCAGGAACUGCGCAAGGAGGAGGAGACGCUGCUGCGGUUGAAGGCAGCCCUGCACGACCAGCUGAACCGCCUCAAGGUUGAAGAAUUAGCCCUCCAAUCAAUGAUCAGUUCUAGAAGAGGGGAUGAGAUGCUGUCUUCUCACACUGUACCUGAACAGUCACAUGAUAUGCUGGUGCAUGUAGACAAUGAAGCAUCAAUCAACCAAACGACCCUGGAGUUGAGCACAAAGAGUCAUGUGACGGAAGAGGAGGAAGAAGAGGAAGAAGAAGAAUCAGAUUCCUAAAGAAGGGGGAAAGCCAGGCUGGUCAGUUAUACAAAUUGCAUUUCUAAGUCUCAGGCACUUCUCCUCCAGGAACUCAUCUUGCCCUGGGCCCUGUGAUCUGCUUGAAAGGAAAGCAAGAACUAUAAGGAGGAUGUGUAGUUGCAAAAAUGGCUCCAUCAGUAACUCAAGCUUCAGAAUGUUAUGACAUACAGAAAAUCAAAGAUGCUGUGUCUUAGCAUUGAGCAAUAUGGGUGGUGCUGUCUGUAAUCUGGUCAGAUUCGGUUAACUGUUCAAAACAAUUUCCUCUGAAAUACUAUUGGGAAAGUCUGGCAUUUGCAAAAAGAGCAGAGUUUAAAUACAAGCCAGUCUUUCCAGUCAACAAUGCCUCUUUGAAGAAAACCAAUUAAAGGCUGUUUGCAUGCCGCUGAAUCCUUGUGAGCAGUUAGCUCACAGUCUAGGACAGAAAGAUGACAAGGGGAAGGACUGAGGGCCAUCUGAGAGCACAAGCUUGCUACCUCUCAGAGGCACUGAAAUACUGCAUGCUAUAAACUGCUUUGUGUAGCUGUUAUCACCUCUCACUUGAGACAUCACUCACUGGUAAAAUGUUUUUAUAAAUAAAUUAUAAAUAGCCAUCA